AUGACGAUCCUGAGGUUUUUCGCUGUCUCUGCCCUCUUGGCUGUGUCGGCCGCACUCGGCAACAUGGACUGGGGCUACGAGCGCCACAACGGCCCCGAUUCCUGGACCGAGACUUGUGCGAGUGGCCGAAGACAAUCGCCCAUCGACAUUCAUGCGGCGAAUGUGGAUUAUUCGCUGAUUACCAAGAUGCAUUUCGCGAAUUACAUCAAAACUGGGAAUGUCAGCAUCAAGAAUAAUGGGCAUUCAGGUGGGGAUUUAUUCAUAGUAUUAUAUAAGCAUCAGUCUCUCAGGAAAAUAAUGAGCAUUUUGUCGCAUCGGCAAUCGCAUUGUUGUCGAGAAAAUGAAUCGUGUCACGGCAAAAUCAAAUUUCUUUUUUCUUUAGCGACGCGGUCGGCGCAGCGACAUUUUGCUCAUUAUUUUUCCGACAGACUGAUAAAAUUCAAAGUAGAAAAGUAUCUCAGUGUGGCACGUUGACUUGUUCUUUGCUGAAACUUGGAUUAACCAGCAGAAAAAAGUGCUCGUAAUGAGACGCUCAGGCUAUGAUGAAACUUGGCAGAAAUUUACAGUAAAAAAACUUGAUCCAAUGGCAAAAAAUGCACCAUUUUGUAUCCGAGAGGUAUCAAAAAAUGUAGCAAAAUGUCUCACUGCCCAACCAAAAAAACUCCGUUUUGAAUGGUGCCCUUUCCCUCACAAAAGCAUCGGUCGCGCUUUUAAAUUCAGUAUUUUUCACUUGCAGAUUGAGGUAUUUUGCCGCAUUUUUGAUACUUCCCGGAUGCAAAAUGGUACGUUUUCUGCCACUGGAGUAAAUCCAUCACUGUAGACAGAAGUGCUCGUAUUGAGACGCUUAGAUUUUGAUGAAACUUGGCAGGGAUUUAAAUUAAUUUAUUCUUACAAGGGCUUGGGGAAACAUGAUUUUUCUUGAAACGUAUGCCAUUUGAAAGAGCCUAAAAAACCGGUCUAGGAUCACCUUGAAAAACUAAGAUUCUCUCGCAUGAAUUCGCAUGGCCUACGCCGUGAACGAUACCCUCGUCGCCGAGCGGCAAAAUCUAAACAGUUUGUCGAUCGGCCUGCCGCGAAAAUUCAAAGAAAUCUGAGAGCUCUGCCUUUGGUAAUUUCCCAAUAAACACCUCACUUCUUUCAGUGAUGAUCAGCGGUUUCGCGGACUGGGGCGAGAACCAGCCCUACAUUUAUGGUGGGGAUUUGGAGACCAAAUACCAGCUGAUUCAAAUCCACUUCCAUUGGGGGCCUACGAACGAUGUGGGAAGUGAACAUUCGAUCGGGACUUUGCAUUAUCCCAUCGAAGUGCAUCUGGUUCAUCAAAAGGAUGGGACCAAGGACCUUACCGUACUGCCGGGCGACGGAUUAGCCGUUCUGGCGGUGUUUGGAUAUGUGGCCCAAGAGAGUAUCCACUUCAAUACGAUUGAGCCAAUUUUGAACAAUAUUGUUGCACAUGGUAAGGGCGUAAUCUUACGAUAAUUUUAUGAUGAUUUAAUCUUUCUAUUUUUAUAUAUUAUCGAUGAAAUAUCGAGUAUUUUUGAAUAUAUUUUUGAUGAUUUAGGAAGUGAACAGGCCUAUGACAAAUAUCAGCCAAAAGAGUUCUUGCCAGUGAACGCCGAAAACUUCUACCGAUACGACGGCUCAUUGACUACGCCCAGCUGCGGCGAGCAGGUUGUUUGGACCAUCUUUGCCGAGCCAUUACCCAUCACGCAGAAACAGGUAGGGUUUUUUUGUAAAUGCAAACAAAAAAGCGCUUUUUUGCGGCUUCUCUGUGAAAAUUAUGCAAAGUACAUCCGCUGAAAAGAUUGUCGGAUAUUUCAGAAAUGCUUGCAAAAGGAAACAUAAAAUUUUUACAAAUUGAUUUGGCGCCUACGUAAAUUAAAUACGCAAAAUUUCAAGGAAAUACGACAGUUGGAUUUUGAAAAAAACACUUUUUUUUUGAAAAGCAAGAUUAACAAGGGAAGGCAUCUUUGCCGUCGAGAGAGCAUGCAAAAGGCGGAGAGUGGUCCGAGAGCGAAACUUUUUUUGGCCAAAUCGUUGCCAAUUGCGCCUGGAUAACAUUGAUUUUUUUGUGGAAACAUUACCCUACAGGAGCAAUAGGCAUGAAACUUUUUGAGCCUAAAUUUGCAAAAAAACUUUCCUUUUUUCAACUUUUGACCUAAAAUCUCACAAUCAGUAGCUUCUGGAAAGCGAUAAUGCUUACACUGUAAGCAGACUAGAUACUCAAAAUUUCCAGGAAAUACGACGAUUAUCCCGAAAAAAAAAAUUUUUUGAAAAGCAAAAUUAAAGUUUUGUCUUUGCUAAAACCCCAACUUUAUAUUAACUUUUCCAGCUCACCCUGUUCCGGAAGAUCCAAAGCUCGCACGGCACAACGUUCGACAUUGGGAACUUCCGCCAUGCGCAGCCGCUGAACGGGCGACGGAUCAAGUACCGCGGCGGCUCGGAUCGUCAUCAAAUUUGCGGUCACAAUUCGGCCAAUAAAGCGGCUGGGGGUCUUACUGUAAUCUCCGUGGUUAUUUUUAUUUUCUCCGCAUUUUACUGAAUAAUCCUUAGUGGGCUCGACUAACUACCGCACUUUUUUGUUGGGUGUAGGUAAUUUCAAAAGUUUUAGCGGUAUGAUGUCGUGUGUUGUAUACAACGUCUGUCUCUACUAGCAUCUCAUCUGCGUGCGUUUUUCUCUUGUUUGUUGGAAUUUGAUUCGUAAGAUACGACGGUGUUAUAGGUUGAGAAAUCCCGUUACGGGGGGUUUAACUAACUGUUUUUUACUGAAAAGCUCUAAAAACGCAUAGGGGACAAAAAAAAAUAAGGAAAGUAUCAAAAAGUUUCAAAAGGUAUCAAUGAUACUUUUUGAUACUUUUCCACGAAAUCCCCAUAAUUGAGUUAUCCCUCUCCUUGCGAGGGUUUUAAAUGGCUUUUUACGACUGAAAGAUCUCUAGAAAUCCACCUGGGUAUAUAAAAAUAAAAAAAGUAUCAAAAGGUAUCCCUGAACCUUUUUGAUACUUUUCCGCAAAAUCCCUGAAAAUAUACUUAUCCCUGCUCUAGAAAACCAUGAGAAAAAAUGAAAAUAAGUUAGGUAUCAAAAAGUAUCAAAAGGUAUCAUUGAACCUUUUUGAUACUUUUUCCCAGAAUUCCCCAAAAAUUUAGAAACUCUUUGUUUUCAAAGCUUCCGACGAAAGUUACCGGCAUUUUUACCAAUGAAUCAAACGAAAAUUUCAAAGAAAAAAGAUGACUUUUACGUAAUGAUGUCACCCUGAGGCUAUAACACAACCGUCGUUCUUGAAUCGUCUCGCAAUCCCAUUGAUCUCGACUUCCAUGAUUCUUUUAUUUUUAUUUCAAUGCCAUCUGUCCAUAUUUCCCAAGGUUCGUUAUAAUAGGCAAUAAACUUGUAUUAUAAAGAAAGGCGUUGAAUCUUUAAAAUCAAAGCUUUCAUUGAAUUUAAAUAAAGCCUCAAGGCUCUAAAUGAACAGACUAUCUUGUGUUCUAAUUUUCAUAAAGUCUAAGCGACGACAAACAAAUUGUUUUUAAUCAACGCAGAUAAGAAUGAAGAAGGCUAUUUUCACAGACAUUUCGUUAUUUUUUAGUGCAAAGGUUUUGAAGAUGCUGAUAGAGAGACGAGAAAUGGUACUACAUGACAAUACAAAAACCGCUAGGCGCAACUCGGACCAGUAUUCAAAAUGAUGCUAAAAACGCAAAAUUUUAUUAGCUGUGCCGCUUCUAGACCCAGAAUAAAAUAGCUACCUGCAUUCUUGCUGGUACUUUACAGGGUCUUUCAAGAAACGUGAAGGAAAGUAGGAGGCUAUAACUUUCGGCGGAGGCGGCGCAGAGAGUUCGUUUUUUGAAUAUGUAUUUUUUAAGCGACAUUAUUUUUUGCCUACGAAAUAACAAGAUUUUUAGGUGCAAAGUGAGGUCGCUACAACCUUUUGAAAAAGGGGUCUUUUGCCCCGAAAACCAGGGUUUUUCGGUUGAAAAUGAUCGAGAAAUUUCAGAGUUUUUCGGUUGAAAAUCACCAAGAAAUGUCGGAUUUUUUCGGGGGUUUCGAUAGAGUUGACGUUGGAGAAAGGGUAGGAUAGUUGCCAACACGUCAAAAGUUGACAAAAAGCUAACACUUUUUUUCGUGUUUUUGGCAUGAAAAGUCUCAUGCCUAUUUUUACCGCAGAGUGUAAUCUUUCCAUAAAAAAAUCAAUUUUGUCCACACGAAGUUGCAAAAGAUAUGACCAUGUCCGCUUUCCACGUUUCUGUACUCUUUCCGCGGUGAAGAUUGAUCGUUCAUUAUUUCGGUGGCGCUUGCAAAACGCGAGCUAAAACUUUUAAGAAUUGAUAUGUGGUCUAAUAUACCUUGUAAGCGACAACAUCAUUUGACAUAUUAACUAACUUUUUUUUGUUUUUUAAAUGUUCUUGGAUCGAACGUUUCCCUUGAAUUUCCUGCUUGUUCAAACUCUCAUAAAGAUAAGAUGCGAUGUGAGCGAACAACUCAGGCGGUCCACUUUUUUGUUGCGUUUCCCUUUUCUUGACAAAGAACUAAUCAAAAGAUCAUUUCAUAAGACUUGCCGCGAGGUCAAAAACUGUAACAACAUGUUGCGUUACUACAAAGAGCAGGUUUCGUAUCGUUUUUUGCGCUUUUGGUUGGGGUGUUUGUUGGAUGUAAUCAUCAUUUGUUUUCGUACACUUUUAUUUGGGUAUAUAAUGCAGGGAAUAAAAUGAAUCCGCCUGGUUUUUACCUCUCAUUUUUUCAAUCGAACUUCUGGUUUGGCACUGUCAGUAAUCAUUGUGUUAUUUAGUUAUCAUUAUAUAUUUACAAACAUAGGGAAGUACCUAACGCGGAGAGAAGCGAAUUAGGUUUUCCAGAAACUGAUAAAACUUUUUGCUUGCAACUUUUUGGUCGGCGUUUUUUUUUUUUUUUUUUUUAACUGUUACUACCCUGGCCUACACAAAAAAUCGGAUUUUUUCAGUCUGUCGGGAAAAUCAUGUGGAUUUGUCGCGCCUUAUGCCCAACACCGCUUUAAAACAGGUUUUGCGAGAGACUUGUGCACAGUUAGCCGUGCACAAAAAACAAGAUGUUACAGUAGAGACUUGAAAUACCUACCGUAGUUAGCUAGUUACCAGUGUAUUGAAAUGGGCAGGUCAGAUUUUAAAUUUUUGGCUUACCGUAGGUACAGUGCGCGCCAAAAUGAUAGAGCCACUCAUUUUUUCUUGGAUUUAUUCUUUUAUGGUUAGGUGGGCCAAGCCGGCAUAAUGCAUAUAUGCAAUAACAUGAUAGGCCUGUACUACGGCCACCAUAACUUAGGACUAGCCUAGCGCCCAAUCCAAAAAAAAUCAAAAAUUCGGACCUUCCCCCUCGGUCGACGCGUCAAAAUGAUAGAGCCACCAAAUUUUUCUCCUCGGUGAUGGCAGGCGAGGAUCUAUUGGUACUGUAGUUUGUUAAUAUUACUACUGAUAUUCACUGCUGAUGUGAAAAGGUUACUGUAACUACCGGUCAUACGGUAGCUUUUGGCAACUUUAGAAAAUCUUCCAAAUUUUGGGUAAAACUGACCGGAAAUAAAUUUUUCGACGGUUGUAUCCGGGUGGAAAUACCUUCAAAACAUAUUAGAAGGCCUAUAUUUUCUAGCAAUAAUCAAUUUCCGUUGAAAUCACAUCGACCAUAAACAAGGAAUGAUAUUAUAUUACUUUAGUAGAUGGACAGAUUCUAUAAUAAUGUCUAUUGCUUAUGUAUGAGUCUGAGAAGCGGCCCCAGAACUUGUGGUACAAUUGCAAGAGGACCAUAGAUUACUAUAUAACAGGACCGAAUUCAAUAAUUCCUUUAUUCAAAUUGCAAACGGUAUUAUGAAGUUUACCAAAGUUAUAACCGAAAAAACGAUAUUUUGGUGGCACGACUAGUGUCAGAAUAUGAUUGCUUCGGGUUUUGAAACGACGAGUGCGGAUCUUUUUGUGCGUAACGUAGCAUGAUUAACCCAACCAUAACGUAAUGAUAAGCAACUACAGAGAAGCUUUGGUGUAGUCACUUAGAGAACCAGAAUUGCUUCUCUUGUGGUAUUAUUCCUAGGGUGUACAAGAGCUUUCAGCUUUUCCAGGUUAAAUGAAAAUAUUCUAUAUCGUGUGUUGCAGUCUAGCAGGAAGUUUGGUUUUUCCUCCAUGCUCCCUCAUUGGCAUAAUUGACAUUAUUAUAGAAUCUGUCCAUCUACUAAAGUAAUAUAAUAUCAUUCCUUGUUUAUGGUCGAUGUGAUUUCAACGGAAAUUGAUUACUGCUAGAAAAUAUAGGCCUUCUAAUAUGUUUUGAAGGUAUUUCCACCCGGAUACAACCGUCGAAAAAUUUAUUUCCGGUCAGUUUCACCCAAAAUUUGGAAGAUUUUCUAAAGUUGCCAAAAGCUACCGUAUGACCGGUAGUUACAGUAACCUUUUCACAUCAGCAGUGAAUAUCAGUAGUAAUAUUAACAAACUACAGUACCAAUAGAUCCUCGCCUGCCAUCACCGAGGAGAAAAAUUUGGUGGCUCUAUCAUUUUGACGCGUCGACCGAGGGGGAAGGCCCGAAUUUUUGAUUUUUUUUUUGGAUUGGGCGCUAGGCUAGUCCUAAGUUAUGGUGGCCGUAGUACAGGUCUAUCAUGUUAUUGCAUAUAUGCAUUAUGCCGGCUUGGCCCACCUAACCAUAAAAGAAUAAAUCCAGAAAAAAUGAGUGGCUCUAUCAUUUUGGCGCGCACUGUAUACUAUAACAUUUUUAGAUUUUUCGUUUCUCCUCGGCUAGUUGCCCGAUUGACUCCGGACCUUUUCAGGGUUAUAGAAUGAUUGAUUCUAAGCAACUUUUAUAUUGACACCUUUUUGCUAGGACUUCUGGAAGUGUGCGAAAAAUUUGCAUAUUUAGCAAAAAAUUUAAAAUUCUUGAAUUUUCUUAAAAAAUUUGCAUACUUGUACAUCCCUUUUUAUUGCUGUAAAUAACGCUCUAUGAUGUGGGGAUUCCAACGGUGGCAAAAUCAUGGCUGGGCGGCCUGUUAUGUCUGAGAACGAAGCCUCUAAACAUCUGGUCAUCACGAUGAUAUAGACGAAUAUGCCGACGAGACACUUUGCCGUGACAAAUCCACAUUAUUAUUCAGACAACGUGGUGAAAAAACGAUAGGUCUGUUAGACUCUCCACAUUUUGCAUCUUGUCUCAAAAAGAAAUUUGUAGAAAAUGGCAAUCGACUGCGUGCUCAUUAUUUUCCCGACAGACUGUUAAUUAGUCUAAAAUUUCUCAAAGUUAUGAUCACGAGCCAUAAAGUUUGCUGUCAUAUGACAUGCCCUUUUCCUACUGAAACUUUUUUCCGACUUUCUCAACAAGUAGCAGGCAAUUGAAUUCGGCUCUCCCAAGGCCCACUUGAAACAUUAAUCUUGAUCGCUUUGGACUUUUCACCCUUUUCACCCGCUAAAAAUCUCUUUUUUUGACAACGUUAAUGAUAAUGAUAGAUGGCCAAUCACAAAGCUGACUUUAUACCCGAUCAUAUUCUCGUCGAAUGCAUUCUAGUUUGUACCAUAAACAUGUAAACAAGCCGCUUAAAACACUCUUUUUUAUCACGGAGAACACUCUUUUUCUGUUAUGGUCACAUUUUUUAUUGAUAAAACGAUAUCAUCUUCCAUUCGCCACACCUACAACUUGAAGAUGAUGCAAAAAACUGGAAUAUAAGUGAAGGAGAAGUGCUCCAGGUGCAAGGACAAAUCGCCUUUUUAUGAGGAGCAUGAUAUGCGUUUUGAUUGUGAAAUUUAUGGCCGAUUCGAAGAAAGGAGUAGUCAAUAAGUAUUUAUGGCACACUUAUGCAUAGUUCUAGGAGAGUAUCUUGAUGCAGACAUGAUGGGGUUGACCGGGCCUUCUCGGGUCCGCUGCCAGCCUCGUAAGAGGAAUAUCUUGCCCGGCAUGUUGUCAAGGAUGACUAGGCCCAACUCAUCAGAGCACAGUCAGAUCCAAGGCUUGUUUUAGCCCGGCCCGAUGUAAUUUUUAAGCCCAGUUCGUCUCGGACAGCUAAAAACAAUCUAUGUUGAAAGUUCAAAAUGUUAUAGUUUUCUCGCUUUUAGGCUCAAAAUAUUAUACAUAUAUUAGUUCUCUGCAUUCUUCUAGGUACUUUAUUGCAUAAACUCUGGCCUUUACUAGCUUGGGCUUGUAUAAACGGUCAAAAUUUUUAGGUAAAAAGUUCUCCAGAUCUUUCCUUGAACCAUUAAGGACUGGCUGCAAAAUGCUGACAAAAUACUGCCUUAUGUCCUAAGCCAUGGCCCGAGACCAGAGCGGUAAGAUUUUCAAACCUCUCACAGCACGGUCAAUGUAUGUCCAAGCCAUGAUUAAGCAGGCUAUUUAGGACUUUUUUGCGCUACCAAACUCCAUAUUACAACAACCCUCCAUACAGUUUUGAGCUAUAUUUUUUCUGCCAUGACAGAAUUUGUUCUCUGAUCUGUGAUGCCUUCAAAAAUCCACUCGAAACCCCAAAAAUCUCUGUGCCAAUAUUUCUGUUUAAAAGUCGAAAACAAUUGAGAGAUUGAUCUGAUAAACGGGCCAGAUCAUUUGUUAUCUGUCGAACAGGGUGGUCCGAGAGGAGGUGAGGCCUCAAAGGGGUGCGAAUACAGAAGUUGUUGCUUGUUUUUAGUUUUAUACACUUGAGGGAAUUGAUAGGAAGCGAUUAUUUGUGAGGAAGACAGAGGCCAUAGUUAAAGGAAUCAGACUGUCGGGAAAAUAAUGUGGAAUCUUCGUGCCUGGAAAUCGCCCAUCAGUUUUUGAUGACUAGCGGCGGCUGGAGAUUUGGGGUGCGACAAGGCCAGGAAUUUUGUAGCAACAAAUCCACAUUAUUUUCCCGACAGACUGAUAAUGGUACCAAAAAAUUUUUACUUGUUUUUAAUACAGAAAACUGAAAACCCCUCUACAACGAAUCUCCGUACUAUAAAACCUCUCUAUAACGAACAUUUUUUAGAAGGCAUUUUUCUGUGACAAAUCCACGUUAUUUUCCCGUAGCAUAAUAUUAGUCUGUCGGGAAAAUAAUGAGGACAAUGUCGCUGGGCCAAUUGCGUGAAAACGUGAAUAGAAAUUCGAUUUUGCAAUGACAAAAUUCAUUUUUUUCCCCCGACGAACUGAUAUAAAGACGGUUGUAUUUCUCGGAAAAAACUUUAAAAGUUGUAAAAUUUCGUUUUUUUUUUUUUGAUUACUAACACCCUUAUCAUGUUGUUUGCCCUGCUUUAUUCCCGUUGACGAACAUUUCCCUACAUUCGUUUCUAACGUCCCCUCUUUGAACAGCCCUAAAAAAAUAACCAAAUAACCGUUUGUGUGAUGAUUUUAGACGAAGAAUGUCGCUGUCUGGAAAAGUCGCCUUGGUCACCGGAGCCUCGCGAGGCAUUGGGAAAGGGAUUGCCAUCGAGUUGGGGAAGGCUGGCGCCACCGUCUACGUGACUGGAAGACAGCCGGAGAAGAGUGACAAAGCUCCGAACCAGUCGACUUUGGAGGAGGUCGCCAAGGAGGUUAGGGGAAUAUACAUAUAAUAUAUAGUGAAGGUACUGAUCCAGUGGCAAAAAUGCAUCAUUUUGCUUCAGGGAAGUAUCAAAAAUGUGGCAAAAUGGCUCACUCUCCAACUAAAAAAAAACUCCGUUUUGAAAUGCGCGCCCUUCCUUUCACAAAAAAAGUGGGCGCGCUUUUGGAAUCGGAGUUUUUUUUACUUGGAGAGGGAGGUAUUUUGCCGCAUUUUUGAUACUUUCCGGAUGCAAAAUUUUACGUUUUUGACCAGAGGAUCAGGUCCGCCACUGUAUAUCUAACAAAUACAAUAAUAAGCACGUGUCUGCACCAUUUUUUUGGUAUGCAAACAACGAAUGAACCUUGAAAUCACACAAAAAACCUUAAUUUUAUGUUGAAAAAAUGUAUUUUUUGCAGAUUACGGCCGUCGGAGGCAAGGGAAAGCAUGUUUAUGUUGACCAUUCUGAUGCCGAGUCUGUCAAAAAGUUGUUCGAACUCAUCGCCAAGGAAAACAACGGCCAGUUGGACAUCCUGGUCAACAACGCCUAUUCGGCUGUAAAUGUAAGUACUUCUGGAAGGAGUAGAUAGAAAAAAAUGGUGUUCUUGAUGUCUAGGUUAAACUAGCUAGUUUCCAGGUGAUUUUUAGAACCUACAAAGUAACUAAAGUCCUCUCAUACUACCUAGAAGACUAUUAUUUUCAGUUUUACUUAAAUUUUGAAUUUUUUUUGGGGGGAAUUGAAAGUAUAUCCGUUUUGAAUUCUAUGCAUUUUCACGCAAUGUAAAUGCAUAGAAAAGUAUUUCAAAGCGUCAAAAAAUGUCUGAGGCUUUCUAAAAACACCGCUAAUGCCAUUAUUUUCCAGUUCAUCCUCGGAAACACCGGCAAAAAGUUCUGGGAGAUCGAGGCGGACCCGGCGUACGCCUAUGACGUCAUCAACGAUGUUGGCCUCCGAAACCAUUACAUCUGCCUGGUUCAUGCGGCCAGACUGAUGGUGCCGAGAAAGACGGGGCUUAUUGUGAACAUUGGAAGUCUGGGUGGGAUCUCUUACUUCUUGAAUGUCGCUUAUGGAAUCGGAAAAGGAGGAAUUGAUAGGUUGAGCUCGGACGCGGCGAUUGAGCUGGCCGGAACUGGAGUCACCGUGGUUUCGUUGUGGCCAGGCGCCGUGAAAACUGAGUUGAUCCAGACAAACGUCUUGAAGGAGGACAAUGGAUCGGUAAGCCGAAUUCUGAUGACAAAAAAUAUCUUGGUUUACUCAAAAAAAUUGAUUUUUUGUAUACAAUAGCAAUUUUAGGCCGUUUACAAGUACUUCAACGAAGGAGAGUCCAUUUACUAUCCCGGAAAAUGCAUUGUGAAGAUUGCUACGUUGCCGGAUCUUAACAAACAUUCCGGGGAAAUCUUCACGACUACGUAUAUAGCCAAGGAGUACCAACUCAAGGAUGUGGAUGGGCGUAAGUUGCAUUUGAAUGUCUAAAAAUGACAUAAAAAUCAAAAUUUUUUAGUCAUCAUUUUUUUGAAAACUUAUUUUUUAGUCAUCAUUUUUUUGAAAACUUAUUUUUUAGUCAUCAUUUUUUUCGAAAACCUAUUUUUUAGUCAUCAUUUUUUUUUCAAAAAGCUAUUUUUGAAUUUCAGGCCUUCCCGCAGAUCCAAAUGUCCUUCAAGCCACCAGUUUCAUCGACCAAAUGAACGCCGUUCGCACUCGUGUCCUCAAGGGAAAGCAAUGA